AUGCUCCCAAAAAUUGCCGUUAUUGGAGAAGGCGUCAUUGGAUGCACAUCUGCUCUACAAAUCGCUAAAGCCAUCCCAAACUCCAAAAUCACCAUUUUCCACGACAAACCGUUUGAAAAUUCGUGUAGCGCUGGACCAGCCGGCUUGUUCAGAAUUGAUUAUGAGGAGAAUACCGAAUACGGACGCGCUUCGUUCGCCUGGUUUUCUCACCUCUACCGUACUACAAAAGGGGCGGAGACUGGCGUCAAAUUGGUUUCUGGACAUAUUCAAUCAGACAAUUUGGAAUCAUUGAAACAACAACAGAGAGCUUAUGGGGAUAUUGUGUAUAAUUUCAGAUUUUUGGAUGAUCGUGAGAGAUUGGAUAUUUUCCCCAGUCCAUCGAAACACUGCAUCCACUACACUGCUUACGCUUCUGAAGGCAACAAGUAUGUUCCAUACCUCAAACGUCUACUUUUGGAGCAAAAAGUGGAGUUCCAACAGAAGAACGUCGAGAAUUUGGAUACAAUUGCCGAUGCUGGCUACGAUGUGAUUGUGAAUUGUGCAGGCUUAUAUGGUGGCAAGUUAGCUGGCGAUGAUGACCAAUGUUACCCAAUUCGAGGUGUCAUUUUGGAAGUCGAUGCUCCAUGGCACAAACAUUUCAAUUAUCGAGAUUUUACGACUUUCACAAUUCCAAAAGAGAACAGUGUGGUUAUCGGAUCCACGAAACAGGAUAAUCGUUGGGAUCUUGAGAUCACUGAUGAGGAUCGCAAUGAUAUUUUGAGCAGAUACAUUGAGUUGCAUCCCGGAAUGCGGGAACCAAAGAUUCUGAAAGAGUGGUCCGCACUUCGUCCAGGCAGGAAGCAUGUCAGAAUUGAAUCUCAGCAACGGAAAACUACUGAAACCGGGAAGGAAUAUACUGUUGUUCAUCACUAUGGUCAUGGAAGUAAUGGCUUCACACUCGGAUGGGGAACCGCCAUUGAGGCUACAAAAUUGGUCAAGAAAGCUCUCGGACUUUAA